CAACAACCGACUGUAUAACCACGUUGUAGACAGCGUGCGGAAAAGUGCGCAAGCGUGCGGAGAUAAUUCGAAUUCGAAAUAGUGAGCGCCAAGAAAACUUUGAAAGUCUGUUUCUAGUUACAAAGUUCGAUAUAAUUGAUUUGCAUGUGUGAUUAUGAGAUUAAUGUGUAAUGUGACGUAAUUUCAAGGUUUUAUUUUUGAUUAGAUUACUCAUCACAGCUUCCAAAUCCCGAGUUUGUCUUCAUCAUUAUCGGGAUUACCCAAAGGCAAUUCUGAAUUAACUACCGAGAAUGUAUCCUACAUUGUUUAACAACCGUCAAUUACCAGAUGUAUAAAAAGGACCAUACAAUAUUUUUAAACUGCUAAUUCAGUGGAACAAAUGUGUGAAUAUUGUCAUUUUAAACUAUAAACAUUAAAUAUUAAUAAAAUGUGUUGUUCUUGUUUAAAACAUUCUGUAUAAAGUGACAACGACGUGAAUAUAUUUCUAUUAGUACAGUGACGUUGUUGGUGAUCGUAUUUUUGUUUAAUUUGUGGGUGUUAGUAAGGUGCGUUUUGUGAAAUCGAUGGUUGGAAGUGGAGAACCAUGGAUCUAGCAAAGGAGAAUUACAAUCCAAAUCCGAGGGAUAGUGCCAAUCCACUAUCAAUUUUAUUUUUCACUUAUACGAUAGAAUUGUUUCGAAAAGGAUACCGCAAAACGUUGGACGUAGAUGACUUAUACAAUCCAAUCAAAAGCGAUAGAAGCACAUUAUUGGGAGAUCGGUUAGAGAGGAAAUGGAACAAACACUUAAAAAAAUGCAACAAAACCAAAAAACCCAGUCUGCUGAAAGCCCUAAUAGCCACAUUUUGGCCAGAGUACUUAUACCUAGGAUUAAUAUUAACUGUGAUAAAUCUGUUCCUUCAAUUAACGCAACCAAUCAUGUUGGGCCACCUGUUGACUUAUUUCAAGCCAAACACAACGACUUCAAAGACUGACGCUCUAUGGUACGCUGGUGCUCUAGUUAUUAUAAACGGCCUCAUUGUAUUGCUGAUCAAUCAGUAUAUUAUGAACGCUUUUCACUAUGGCAUGAAAGUGAGGGCGGCCGUGUGUGCCGUUAUUUACAGAAAAGCUAUUCGACUGAGUAAAACUGCCCUUGGAGAAACAGCUUCAGGGAAAAUAGUUAAUUUAUUAUCCAAUGAUGUAAGCCGAUUUGACCUAGUUUCUAUUUUCAUUCAUCAUAUGUGGAUUGCUCCGAUUUCUGCACUAUUCAUCAUGUAUUUCCUAUAUAAAGAAGCUGGAUAUGCCGGAAUUUUGGGAAUUUUGACGGUUUUUAUAGUUGUUCCGUUACAGUCGUAUACUGGAAAAUUAUCCGCCAUCUACAGGAAACAAACUGCAUUAAGAACAGAUGAAAGAGUAAGACUGAUGGACGAAGUCAUCUCAGGUGUACAAGUUAUCAAAAUGUACGCCUGGGAAAAACCGUUUGAAAAAAUAAUCAACAUUGCCAGGAAAGCAGAAUUGAAAAUAAUAACAAAAUCUUCAUACGUUAGGGGCCUCUUUAUGACAUUUAAUCUUUUUACCACCAGAGUUGCCCUGUUUUCGACUCUUUUAACCAUGGUACUUACCAAACAAGAAAUUACAGCGACCAAAGUUUUUGUAUUCAUGUCAUAUUUCAAUAUUCUAUCCCAAUCGAUGUCAACCAUGUUUGUUCGCGGCAUCGCGGAAAUAGCAGAACUAAUAGUAGCCAUACGAAGAGUCGAGGAAUUCCUUUUAAACGAAGAGUACCGUGCAGUAGUCAAAACUCAAAAUAACAACGAUAAAAUAUUUUUUAACAAAACAUUGGUGAGCUUAAAGGAUCUCACAGUAAAAUGGAACGUAAACUCGAAAGAAAACGUUCUGAAGAAGAUCAAUUUCGAUGCCAACAAAGGACAGCUGGUUGGAAUAAUAGGACCUGUAGGUUCUGGGAAAAGUUCUUUGCUCCAAACUAUUUUGGGAGAGCUUGAAGUAAAAGCUGGAAGUAUAGAGGUUAAUGGGACCAUAUCUUAUGCUUCUCAGGAACCGUGGGUGUUUGCAUCGUCAAUGAGACAGAAUAUAACCUUCGGAGCAGAGUACGAUAAAAAACGUUACAAUGAUGUAGUGAAAGCUUGUGCAUUGGAGAAAGAUUUUAAACAAUUUGCCCAAGGAGAUUUGACGAUAGUGGGAGAAAGAGGAGCUUCUUUGAGCGGUGGACAGAAAGCUAGAAUCAAUUUGGCCAGAGCUUUGUACAGGGAUUCUGAUAUUUAUUUACUAGACGAUCCUUUAUCAGCUGUCGAUAUUCACGUCUCCAAACAUUUAUUCGAUAAAUGCAUUAAUGGGUAUUUGGCUAAUAAGACGAGGAUUUUGGUCACCCAUCAGGUGCAUCAUUUGAAAGAUGCCGAUCAUAUUGUUAUACUAAACAACGGUUACAUUGAAAAUGAAGGAUCUUUUAAGGAACUAUCUUCAAGUGAUAAUUUGUAUGCGAAAUUGUUAACAUCAGAACCAGAUACUACUGAGGAGGAGAGACAGAAAUUGUUGGAAGUAGCCAAAGUUAGUCGAAAAAGAUCAGUCGUGAGCCGACAAUCGUCUCUAGCGAGCGCUGUCAGUGAGCUCAGCAUAUCCGAUGCCCUCCUUCAAGAAGCUAAUCUAUCUGAUGACGACGAAGAAAAUCCGGAAGUAAAAUUGAUAGACUUGCAAGAAGAAUCUUCCAAAGGGAAAAUUAAAGGUUCUUUGCUCUGGUUGUACCUUAUUCACGGCGCGAACAUAGUCUUUGUGUCGUUUGUUUUGCUGUUAUAUCUUCUUUCGCAACUAACGGCUAGCGGUGUGGAUUAUUUCGUGAGUUAUUGGGUGAAUAUUGAAGAAGCCAGGAAUGUUUCUGUUGCCCAGAAUAAAACUGAUGAUGUUGUUAGUGUUACAUCUAGCGUUAAUUGGUCGACGGAAACUUGUCUUUACAUUUAUUCAGGUGGUCUAGCUCUUCUUUGGUGCGUUGCUUUUACUAGAUCCAUGCUAUUCUACAAAUUAGCGAUGUGGAGUUCUCAAAAAUUACACGAUAUAAUGUUCAAAAGCGUUAUAGCAGCUCCGAUGAGAUUUUUUGACACCAAUCCAAGCGGAAGAAUAUUGAAUAGGUUCUCCAAAGACAUUGGAGCAGUCGACGAGUGGUUGCCAAAGGCUAUCUUGGAUGCAGGACAGAUACUUCUCGUUAUGGUGGGAUCUGCAGUUUUAAUAACCAUCGUUAACUCGUACUUCAUAAUUUUGGUUGCUUUUAUCGGAGUCUUGUUCUUAUUCGUUAGACACAUAUACCUGAAGUCGUCAAAGAAUAUUAAAAGAUUGGAAGGAAUGAUGCGGAGUCCAGUUUUCACCCAUCUAAAUGCUACGCUUCAAGGAUUGACCACAAUAAGGUCAUUCGGAGCCGAACAUAUAUUGAUGAGAGAAUUCGAUAAACAUCAAGAUUCUCACACUAGCGCUUGGUUUAUGUACAUAUCAGCAAGUUCAGCAUUCGGCUUCUACCUAGACAUCUUUUGUUUUAUAUUUGUAGGUGUCAUCACGUUUAGCUUCCUAACUUUUGGAGAAAAUAUGGGUAUGCGAGGUGGAGAAGUCGGUCUAGCAAUAACCCAAGCUACCGCUCUUACUGGCCUGGUCCAAUGGGGUGUGCGCCAAUCGGCUGAAGUUACAAACCAACUCAUGAGUAUGGAAAGAGUACUGGAAUAUAAAAAUUUACCUAGCGAGAAGCAACCAGAAAUUCCACAAAAGCCUCCUAAAGGCUGGCCUGAAAAAGGGAAAGUCGUUUUUGAGAACAUGGGUUUAAAGUACGUUGAAAAUGGUCCGUUGACAUUGAAGAAUUUGAAUUUGGUAAUCAAACCAAAUGAAAAGGUUGGAAUUGUUGGCAGAACAGGGGCAGGAAAAUCAUCAUUAAUUUCAGCUUUGUUUCGACUAGCAACAAUAGAAGGAGCAAUCAAGAUGGACGACGUUAACACCAAAGACAUCACUCUUGAAGACCUCAGAUCAAAAAUCUCCAUUAUCCCACAAGAUCCCGUUCUCUUUUCAGGUACUUUAAGAUACAAUCUGGAUCCAUUCGAAGAAUAUACAGACGACGUAUUGUACAAAGCACUAGAAGAUGUUGAGUUGAAAGAUCCUUCAAAUGUUAUUAACAGAUUGGAGAACAAAGUCAUGGAUAGAGGUAGCAACUAUAGCGUCGGUCAAAGGCAACUCAUUUGUUUGGCCAGAGCUAUUAUUAGGAAUAAUAAAAUUCUGAUGUUGGAUGAAGCCACAGCUAACGUAGAUCCUCAGACUGAUGCUUUGAUACAAAAAACAAUCCGAAGAAAAUUCGCAAACUGCACAGUACUUACAGUGGCCCACAGACUAAACACCAUUAUGGACUCCGACAAAGUAUUAGUGAUGGACUCCGGCACCAUGGUGGAGUACGACCAUCCUCACGUACUUCUUCAAAUUUCAAAUGGAGUAUUUAACAAAAUGGUAGCAGAAACGGGAAGGGGUCUUAAUGAACAAUUACGAAAAAUAGCAAAAGAGAGUCAUCAAAGGCAUCCUCCUCUUCCCGAAUAAAUUCAGUUAUGUGCGUAGUUUUAAGUUAAAUACGAAAUGUGAGUGAUCAAUUAAAACAAUUUUUGAUACGAUCUCUGUGUGCUAUCUAAAUAAGUCCUUCUGUUUUUUAAAUAAUUAUGGUUGACAGUAAUUUUAUAUUUUUAUAGUUAGUAGUAAUAAUUCCCAGACAGCACAUACAGUCCAAUGGACGUCCAUUUUUCGCAACCAGUUGCAUAAUGUUGAACAUUAUGAAACUGGUUUCGAAAAAUUCAUUCAGUUGUGAAAACAAAAAAAAAAUAAAACUUUUUUUGGACUUACGUAUAUCCAAAAAUGUAUAUCGAAUGAAUGUCCAAUGGACAUAUUUGUUUUGUCUGGGAUAUGGCUCAAAAAGUUCUUAAAUUAUAUAAAUUAAUUUUUUCUAAUUUUGACAUGUAAAGUAAAAUUUUUUGUAAUUGCAGCAAGUGUCUAAAUGAAUUACCAAUUGCAUAUUAUUGAUUUUCAAAUCGAAUUAUUCGAAUUUCCACACUAUUUAGGCACAUUAAAAUUAUUUGAGAGUGUGGUCAAACAUCAAUUCAUAAUUUUAAAUAAUUAUGGAUCUUUAUUUUGUUUUUAUGUCGAUUGACCAUUUUGUUGAACUAGAAAUUAGAUUGAGAAAUAUUUUUAACACCUCUGGGGUCAUUUGACUGGGUUAAAAAUUGAUGAUGAAUCUUAUGGUACAGUCAAUUUUAAAAAAUAUUAACUUUGAGACGCCAACAGGCUGUGGGUCAAAAAGAGUUGGUGGUCAAACAUAGACAAUAGGUGGUCAAACACAAUGAAGCUUCUAAUUUUCGAAUUUCGGGGGGCCAGCUUCACAGAGCUCAAUAAAAACAAACUACAGUAAGUCGUUGAGAAUACAUGAAUAUAAUUUUCUAUUUGUGAAUAAAAUAAUGAAGUUAAUCAUAGGCAACUAAUAAUACAAGAAAGUAAUAUUGGUUGCCUAGAUGUCAAAAAUGUUUUACCAAAACACAAUUUUAUAAAUAAUCCAGUCAAAAUUAGAAAAAAUAUUGUACGUUACAAAAUGUAGUUUUAUGUAUCUAUUUUUUCUAAUUGUACAAAUUGGAGAUUUAUUUACAAGAAGCAGAUAUUUUGUUAAUAUUUUGACAAUUAUUUAACUAGCCUGUAACUUUAGAGGAAAAGGUGCAAAUAUGGAAUACCGUUUUGUUUGGUAUAUAAAAAAUUUUUUGUUAGUGAAUAGAUUUAAGCCAAAUUUAGGGAAAAGGUACUUUAAACAAUUAGACACCAAAAUGUAAAAGCAAAUUUGUAAUUAUCUUAAACACUUUUUCAGAAACAAGUUAGAAAAAAAAACUACAAAAUUCCCACCUUAGAAAAGGUGGGGGAAAUAUGGAAUACUUUAUAUAUACAUAUUACAUGCACCAGUCAUAAAUAUAUUCGUCUUUUUCGGCGCCUCCACACUCAUUAUGGGCCCAUUUUAAGCACAUUAAACAUUCGACCCAUAGUUCUCCUUUCUUAUCAGCAGAAAACGAACUAUCACAAAACAUGCAAUGAGCAUCGUCCUCAUUCUUCCAAAUAGUUGUCAGAAUCGUCAAUUUUUACAUCUUCGCUUGAAUCCUCAGAUUCAUCAGCAGAAACUGCAUUCUUUUGACGUUUCAUUUUGUACUUUGACUGUUUUUGAGAAUCUUUUUUUUGUUUCAAGGAUUUUCCUGAAGACAAGUUUCUUUUAACGCUACGCGAUUUUGCCAUUUCUGUUCUUUAUUUAUUAACUCAUUUAGUUCGUCUUUGUAAGGUGACGAAGUAAUCACAAUUGUCUUGCGUCCUCUGUUGGUUUCUUUGCGGAUUGUGUUUGGGACUGGAGAUAUUUCGAACGGUUAAACAAACUUCUGGGUUGAAUCUACGUCUUUAUCUUGGCCUUGGUCAUCUUCAUCUUGGUCUUGGUCAGGAGCAUUGUCUUCGCAUGACGUUUUAGAGCAUGAAGGUUUAUCGAUAUGGGUAGUAGAAGCUUUUGUUGUUUUGACUUUUUGAAUGUUAAUGGUAAUUCCUCUUUUCGCUGCUUCUUGUUCCGCAGCAAAGAAGUCAGUUUCGGAAAAAACAUUCCUGUUAAAAGGGUAAAUACCAGUGGUGCACCAAAUACUUUUUGGACCUGGCCCUUCUAUUGGCCUGACAAAAUCGGUAGUGACAGACCUAAUUAAAGAACAUUCCCUUGUGAAAUUCAAGGAAAGAUGGGAUGAAACAAGAAACUGCAGAGUUGCCAGGGAGCUCUUAAGUUAUCAUGACAACACUGCAGCAAAGAAAUACUUGACAGAAUCUGCGUCUGGUCACAGGCAUUCUGACUGGUCAUUGCCAAGUACGGAAGCAUCUCCAUAUCAUGGGGCUAUCAGAAUCCGCACUCUGCAGAGGGUGCGAACAAGAAGAUGAGACCAUAGAGCAUAUUCUUAACGAUUGCCCGACGCUCUCAUUUAUUAGAUUUGUGUUCGGCGAGUAUCGGCUAACACCGGCAGAUAUAAGAGAAGUACCUCUUGGCGACGUUGUCAACUACAUUAAAUCUGUAGGCUGGCUGACGAGCUAGGAGGUGCCUAUCAUCUUAGGAGGAUGCACAAUGGGCUUAAUAAGGCCUAAGUGCCGUGGUGGUAACCCACCCUCCACACGUUACAGAUACAGAUACCAGUGGUGCGAAAACCAUUAGCCGCUAUUGUGUAUGUAUGAACUUUUUCGUAAGCUCUACCAAAUAACUCCAUUAUAUCAAAAGGACUAAGAGCCCGUUGGUUUUGACGGAUCUAAAUACAAAUGUUAACAUGGUUUUCCCUUGCAAGGUCGAUAACGUCGAUAUUGCGAGUGUGGCUGUAAUGGCCGUCAAGGAUUAACAGGAGGGGGUUUCUUUAGUUGGUUUAGUGUACUGGAUAAAGUGACGGAACCACUUGGUAAAAAUAUGGGACUGUACCCAACCGGAUGGAUAUGCAAUUCCUACGGACCCAGGAGGAGCUCCCUUCAUGAGCUGAAUGUUCAUAUUUUUCCUAGGAAAAAUAACCAAAGGAGGGACAAAGUUUCCAGCCGCACUCAUACAAAUAAUAACUGUAAUUAGAGCCCUUCUCUCUGCUGAUGUUAAUGAAGCAACGUUUGCCUUUCAGCCCUAUUACUGACGAUACUUUACUUUGGACAAUUGUUAACCCUGAUUCGUCUACAUUAUAAACGUUGUUCGGGGAAUAGGACAUUUGCUUUUCAAGGAGGUCAAAAAAGCCGGCAACUCUUUCUUUACAAAAACCUGCAGCUUUGGCAAAUGAUGUCCCCGUUGGCUUAUUUAUUGACAAUUUUGGAUGUCGCUUUAAAUCAAUCCAGUCCCUGCCUGCUAAUCCAGAUGUAGAAAAUGGGUGUUUGAUUUUAUUCCUUAUGGCCAACUGAUAAGCCAUGCGCUUCAGAUCUGUCAUUGUGAGCCCGUAAAAUUUGGACUCGUGGCAUCGUAACAAAUAUUCACAUGUGCACACCUCAAUAACCAAAACCAUACUAAAACGGUGCGGGGUAGAUCGCCUACAAUAAAGAUGGCAAACAAACAUAAGUUUAGCCGGUUUUCGAUAGGGGGCGGCAUUUGGUUUAGACAAAACCGAGGUAUUCCAUAUUACAUGCAUAUUCCAUAUUUGCACCUUUUCCUCUAUACUUCCUUUACUUAAGAUUCAUAUUUGAUGUAUUCUAAAAAGGAGUACGUUUUUUUUAAUAGUGUGACUUAAAAUACAUCAUGAUUUGUGGCCUUAAAAUACCUAUUAUUAUCAAGGAUGCCAUGAGGUUAAUAUCUUCAUUUCCUUUUCUUCGUUUUACUAUUUUAUGAUGUAUCCAUGUUUUGUCUUUGAAAUUUAUUUAUUCGAUGUUUCACGGUUGGGUCUUAUGUAAUUUUUAGAUUUUUUACUUUUGUUGUAACUAUUAGAUAAUUAUUGUAAGAACUGUAAGGAAAAUAGGGUACAAAGGAUGGCAGGCUCCAUAGACUUAAGAAAGUAAAUAAGUAAGGCUAAUAGAGAGAAAAUAAUUCUAUUAAUAAUAAAAAAGUUGAAAAACUGAAAAUGCUGUGAUACGACUGGAAAAGGUUGCUUGAAGGGAAGGUUGAGUAAGCAGGAACAAUAGUUUUCUCAAUUUUUUUUGAAGUAAGAAUAUUUAAUCAUUUAAAAUUAUUCCAAAUUAAAAAAAUGUGGUAGAUGUGGUCGAUGUCGUGACACCAACAAAAAAGGCGGCCAUGAAGCGAUAUUGCAAUACCUAACGAUUGUACCAUUUCAAGUUACAUUGUCAUCUAUAGGAAAGCAUCACAAGUUGGCGUAACGAUUUAUUACACUGUUUUACACUAGCACUAACAUUAAUGUUCACUGCACUAGCUCAAACGGCUUCUUCCUUUUGAGCCUUCUGUUGAGUGUAGAGUUAUCCAGUAAUUGCAACGCUUGUCAUCUGCCAUUUCUUUCUUAGUUUGCUUUUUUCUGCUACUAGUUCUCUUAUCUCGACAGGAUAGGUUUUUCCAACUGUUAAUCUUCUUACUUUUGGUGUGUUCCUCCAUGCAGCUUGCUGGAUUUCAACUAUAAACCUUUCCAGUUCUCCAUCUAGCUGUUUUUUCGUUUUUAGUGUUAUGGUCAGUUGAAUAGUAUUUGUUAAGUCCUCUUGAAAACCUUCCCAAUUAGUUUUCCGAUUUGUUAGAGUCGGUUUGGCUUAUCUUAGAUUAUCACUUAGAGUAAGGAUUACUGCAGAAUGGUCUGAAUCCAUAUCAAAGUUUUCUUCUACUUGUGUAUAGUUUGGUGAAAUUUUCCUCAAAAUAAAGAAAUCCAAAAGGUCUGGAAUCUUAUUUUGACUGACAAAAAAUAAAAAAAAAACUUUGUCAUCGCAUUCCUCAAAAGAUCAACAUCUUGCCACAACGUCAAUGUUUGUUGGGUAACCUUUAAUUUACAACAACUUGACAUUUUAUAAUGAGAUUAUGGUUUUUAAGCACAACUAAAGUUAAUUCAAAUGUGGCAACGUUGUAUUAAAUAUAUAUACAAUGAAAUUAGCAAAAUUUUGCACGAGUUUAAAAGCAAAUAGUUUUUUAUUUUUAUUUCUUAGAAAAUAUAAAUAUAUCAGCAUUUUUAAAGAAACCAUAUUCAUUUAUUAAGUCCUUCUUAACAAAUUUAUAAAAAAAAUUGUUCAUACUUUUAGGACUAGUCUAUUUUAAAACAAGCCUUGGCCUAAUUGAUUUAUAUACAGUAUUGACCAUCGAACAUCUUCCAAUAACCCUUGGCACAAGUGCGUGUGAAAACUACAAAGAACUGAGGCAAGCAUACCUGCCUACACAGCCUGGCCAACGUUUCAACGCGAUCGGUUCGUACAAAUAGCACUCUCUGUAACUUACACUCGUUUUUAUGUCAUUAGAAGACUGUUCUUGCAAUGCCUGUAGAAUGUUUCUUCUCUUCGUUUGCUUUAUGAUGAAAUUCUGAAGACAAAUCUAGAUCCUGUUUAAAGAGUGUGAAUCCUAAAGCACAGCACCAGUGGGCACAUUACAUUUAUAUACUUUUUAUGAGACGAAAUGCCAAAUAUUUUUACAAUCAAAACAGUUAAAAUUUACAAAUAAAGUUAUAUAUUUUGUUUAGAUUUUUUUGAUUAAAUAUAUACAAAUAAGCUGUGUUUAUUUCGGUUAAAUAAAACAAAUUUUAUUCAUACAAAAAAAAAAUGUAGGUAUAUAUUUUUACAAACUGUAGUGAGAUUUAUAGGUUAUUUAUAAAAAUACUCUGACAUAGGUAUUAAUAAUUUUAUAAAUUUAUUAAACGAUGUAUUAUAA